UCUCUCAUCCCACAACUUAUAGUAUAUGCGCGAAGUGCAUGCAAAAUUGGAUCCAAACAAAUUUAUAUUUGAUAAAUUAACUCAAUAAGGAGCUACAUGAUAUGAUAUGUAGGAAGUCAGACCUGGUGGCGUCCGCGGAUGAGGAACAGGGGGAGCAGCCGCUGACAAGAGUAGGGUCUACGCCAACAUUGCAAACUCUGAUUUUAAAAACUUCACUCUAAAGCCAACCAACACCGUAACAACCGGUGGGUUUACUGGUGGUGGAUGGGUGGCAAUGGCUCCUGGCGGUGGCAAAAUUCUAUGGUCAACUGCCUAUCCCAGCAAUGCAACCUCUCCUGGACCAGUGAGUGUGGCUAAUGGUGUUUUAUUUGCUGGAUCCACAAAUCCGCGAGGCUCCAAUGCUGAUCAUUUUUAUAAAAUUCAUGGGCACACAUUUGGGAACACAGCAAAGUAGAACUUGCCAAUGCACUUGCAGACAUGGGAUGGACAUCCAAUCUGGCCAAAGAGUUGAUUGACCGUACAAAUAGUAAAAAGGCAAAGCUUCUCUGCAUUUUGUGUGAGAGUACUUCAAGCUUUCACUUCCAUGGCGCCUGCAGAACUCUCCAACGGUCCUCUUCUCCUUUCUCUGUGUAUGUUUUGUCUAGUCAUAACACCAAGUGCAGGUUUUAACAUUUGGGGUUCUGCAGAGAAAAAAAAGGAUGCCCAAGAUUGGCUAAACCACGGCGGAGACUUGUACAACCGAAGAUAUGCCAACAGGGAGAAGAAGAUAAGCCCUGCGACAGUUUCCAAUCUCAGUUUGAAGUGGAAAUUCUAUGCAGGUGGUGACAUAACUGUAACACCAGCCAUUUUCGACGGCACACUCUACUUCGCCAGCUGGAAUGGAUACCUCUACGCUGUUAAGGCCUCCGACGGAUCCCUUGUUUGGAAGAAGAAUGUGCAGAAGCUGACUAGCUUUAACAACACCGGUUUCAUACUCAAUGUCAACUCUACAGUAACAAGAUCGACCCCAACUGUCGCCGGCGAUCUGCUCAUUUGUGGAAUCUAUGGACCUGCUUUUGUUAUUGCAGUCAAAAGGUCGAACGGGAAGCUUGUCUGGUCUACCAGGCUUGACAACCACACCAGAGCUUUCAUCACCAUGUCUGGAACCUAUUACAAACGUGGUUACUAUGUUGGAACAUCGUCACUAGAAGAAGGACUCACCAUCGAACAAUGCUGUACGUUUCGUGGGAGCGUAUCGAAAUUAGACGUCCGAACGGGCAAAAUCCUGUGGCAGACCUUCAUGUUGCCUGACAAUUUCGGCAAGUUUAAUGAGUAUGCAGGAGCAGCAAUAUGGGGAAGCAGCCCUUCCAUUGAUGUCCCUCGGAACCUUGUCUUCGUUGCCACAUCGAACCUGUACUCAGCUCCUCCGCGGAUAAUUGAAUGCCAGGAGAAGGAAAACAAUCAGACAGUACCUUCUCAUCCAGAGGCCUGCAUUGAGCCCGAAAACCACUCCGAAUCCAUGGUAGCUCUUGAUUUGGACACUGGGAAAAUCAAAUGGUAUAAGCAGCUAGGAGGCUAUGAUAUAUGGUUUGGAGCCUGCCAUAGACAUUUGGAUCCACGGUGCCCACCUGGUCCUAGUCCGGAUGCAGAUUUUGGUGAAGCACCAAUGAUGUUAACUACUUAUAUCAAUGGGGCUAGGAGGGACCUUGUUGUUGCUGUUCAGAAAAGCGGGUUUGCGUGGGCUUUGGAUCGCGAUACUGGCAGCAUAGUAUGGUCUACGGAAGCUGGACCAGGAGGACUAGGAGGAGGAGCAAUGUGGGGUGCGGCCACGGACGAAAAGAGGGUCUACACUAACAUAGCCAACAGCCAGCACAAGAACUUCACUCUCAAACCAUCCCAGAACACUACAAUUGCUGGUGGAUGGGUGGCAAUGGAGGCCCGCAGCGGCAAUAUCCUAUGGUCCACGGCGAAUGCUAAUGAUGCUACUGCCCCAGCCGCUGUCACUGUGGCUAAUGGCGUUGUUUUUGGAGGGUCUACUCAUCGACUAGGACCGAUAUACGCGAUGAAUGCUAAGACCGGGAAAAUCUUGUGGACAUAUGAUACCGGAGCUACUGUAUAUGGCGGCAUUUCGGUGAGCGACGGAUGCAUUUACCUUGGAAAUGGAUACAAGGUCUUCAAUGGAUUCGUUAACCCGAAUUAUACCGCUGGAACUUCGCUCUUUGCCUUUUGUGUUUAGUAGCUACCAGUUUCCCACACUACGUAAUAUGAAUCUUUGCCCUUAGAUGAAAUUUUGUAAUAACACAAGAUGCGAAGCAUGCAUUAGAAAUAAAAGCAUUAGCCACUCAA